AUGCGCAAGCUGCUGAAUGGAGGCGUGUUGCUGGCGAGCAAGUAUCCGAUAUUGAGCGUGCGAGUGAAACUGUUUGAAAGUGCUUGUGCUGGUGCCGAUAAGUUGGCGGACAAGGGCGUAUUGUAUUGCAAGAUCUUGAAGGACGGGCUGCUGGUGCACGUGUUUUCGACCCACUUGCAGGCGUGGAACGACCCGUUUUCGCGAACAAUGCGCAAGACGCAGAUGGAUUUGGUCGCGAACUUUAUGCGUGCAAUGGACAUUGAUGAAGUGAACGACGCCGUGUUGAUUGUGGGAGACCUGAACGUCGAUUACUGGCUGAACAAGACGAACGGCGAGUACGACGAGAUGUUGGACAUUUUCGACGCCAAGGAUCCGUCGGACGUGCAGUCGCGGAGACUUGGCAAUCAUGCGUCGGGUGCGGAUAUGGAGAAGAAGACAGUGGGGGACUUCAAGCACUUGCGCAAGCACAGCUUUGACCCGCGCGUGAAUGCUUUGGCCGCCGACGGCUUGAGCUCGGACGGGAGCCUCGAGCUGCUGGACUACAUUCUCUACUCGCGCAGUCACCGCCAGCCAAAGACCGCUUCGAGCUGGGUCCAGCCACUGAGUACGGUGACGCCAUGGGAGUGGCGGGGGCAACCCCAGUACAACCUGUCGGACCACUUCCCUGUCGUUAGCGAGUUCACCUUUGAGAUGUAA